GGGACAGCUCCGGUGCUGAUGUUGAAGCCGGUUAGCAAACAUCAGAGUGUAUGUUCAGCGUGUGUCGAGCGGGUGUGUUGUGCAUGCAUGAUCACUCCGCUAAAUCUAGAGCUGUUUUAGAUAGAGCUAGCACAGCGUUUGACGGAGAUAAAGGAAGGACACGUUGUUGACAAUGAGACACGAAGCGCCCAUGCAGAUGGCCUCUGCCCAGGACUCCAGGUAUGGCCAGAAGGACACUUCAGACCAGAACUUUGAUUACAUGUUCAAACUGCUCAUCAUUGGGAACAGCAGUGUGGGGAAAACAUCUUUCCUCUUCCGUUAUGCAGAUGACUCAUUCACAUCUGCAUUCGUCAGCACUGUUGGCAUUGACUUCAAGGUAAAAACCGUCUUCAAAAAUGAAAAGAGAAUCAAGCUUCAGAUAUGGGACACAGCAGGUCAAGAGAGAUAUAGGACAAUUACUACAGCUUAUUACCGGGGUGCCAUGGGCUUUAUUCUAAUGUACGACAUCACCAAUGAAGAAUCCUUCAAUGCUGUGCAAGACUGGUCAACUCAAAUCAAAACAUACUCUUGGGAUAAUGCCCAGGUUAUCCUGGUUGGGAACAAAUGUGACAUGGAAGAUGAGCGAGUCAUCUCAACAGAGAGAGGCAAACAUUUAGGAGAGCAGCUUGGGUUUGAAUUUUUUGAAACAAGUGCCAAGGACAACAUAAAUGUCAAGCAGACAUUUGAGCGGCUUGUGGAUAUCAUCUGUGACAAAAUGUCAGAGAGUUUGGAGACAGAUUCUGCCAUUGCUGCUGGAAAACAGAAUACAAGACUCAAAGAAUCCCCACCACCACAGCAGCCCAACUGUGGCUGUUAAUGGAGCUGCUGGCCAAGGCAGCUCUAGUGCGUUCUAUUGCCAACAAAGAGCAUCCAUAAAUUGUCUAUUAGCCUUUAUUUAUGCUGUCUAUUAAUUUAUUUGAGGGAAGUCUUUGAUGUCAAUGGGUGAUAUGUGCAUACAGCUCUUUGGAAAUUUCCUGUCAAUAUAUGGCAAAUAUGUGAUCUUAAAUUUGUAAGGAUUAUCCAUUUAUCAACCACAGAUAUCUGCAUGUGAAUAGUUGUUCGUCUUCUGAGUUUGUUUGUUUUUACUUUUUAUUUUUUAAAGAUUAUUCCAAAUUCAGUUGGUGCCAUGACCUCAGACUAUAAUUUUACUGCAACUUCUAAUUGAUUCAUCAAAUUUAAAUUAUGCUGCUUGUGAUCAUUCUGUGGGGCAAUAAUAGGGUAUCCUGGGGUGGAGAGGAGGGGGGAAAGGGAGAAGGGGAAAGGGAGUAGGAAAGAAGGAAACAAAGCUUCUAUGUUGUGUUUGCUUUCCUCUUGACUGAAAAUCAAUGCUGAAAUACUACUGGUAAUUAAGGAGAUAGUCAUUGGGGCUGGUUAGCUUACAUAUUAAGCAAUGUGUCCAUUUUUCACUGGUAUUAAAACUAAGGAGAAUAUUGAUUCUAAAGAAAUACAAAUAUUAUUUCUAUAACCCUCAGGUGUUGUAUGAGGUUCUAUGGUUAACCUGGCAGAAAAUUGGAUUUAAAUAACUGUUUGUUUCUUGUUGUUGUUAAACAACAACUACUAUUAUAACAAAAUGGAACAUGCCACCUUUGCUUAAAAUGAGGCUAAACCAUGGCAAGUGAUUUUCUGCAUUAAUCUGAAUGUUUGGCUCACUGGGUAAAUGGAGGCAUAAUUAUAGAAUUCCAUAGAUCUGCAGAAAGCAUUUUGAUUGAGGCAAGGUGAACUGCUGAGACCUUUAAUGGGUUAAACCAACCUACCCUUCUUUCCCCUCCCAUCCCCCCUCACCCAAUCUGAAACAAACCCAUUCACCUGGGCCUGGGUCAUUCAGUCAGCACUGAGGUCAAGCUGUUCUGAUUGUAGGAUCAGUGAGAACUCAAGGGCACAAAGAUUGAGGUAAGAGUUUUGUCUUUUCGUUUGGGAAAACCUUUGCUUUCCCUUCUUUUGGUGUGUUUUUGUGGUUGUCUCUGAGGUUUAUUUUUGCUUGGGGAGGCCACCUUUAAGUGGUUUCCAAAACCCAUCUGGGCCUUCCCUUCAAGAUUACUUAAGUGGGUCAAACAUGGCUUCCAAGGGGAGAUGAAAGCAGUGCUUCCCUCUGCCUUUGAGGCCUUUACGUUUAGAAUGUUGGCACCCCAUCUUACCUCCACCCUCAUAGCUUCACAAACAAAAAUAUGUGUUAAUUAACUAAAAGACCUUGAAAAUACUCUCUAGAGCUUAGUUCUAUGCACACAGUCAUUGUUUCACAAAUAUUUUGAAGGAGGGAAAGGAGCCAAAUGCCUAGAUGCCUAAUCCCAUCCUACCCCAGAUUUUUUGAGGACAUAGAUGCUGAUGGCUUAGUACCCACUGUGUUAAGUAUAUUAAUCCCAUAUCUCAUUGUGCUAGCUUAUUGACAACUGGGAUCUGCAAGGGACUGAUACAGGAAGGCAGGAGUUUUAUUAAGGGUUUGGAGGACAGUUCUAUUAAGGAAGCUUGCAAUUUGUGGAGUUUUGCCACCUAAGGAGGUGAUUAUUAACCUAGGAUAUGUGGGGUUUUAACCGAGUGAAAUGAUUCUUUGCUUUUUAUGUGGAGUCGUUCCUAGAAUAUGAAUUUCAAAAUCAGAGACACUUCCUCUGACAUGAUUUUAAGGGGCUGGCUGAGGGGAGGGUGACCAGAAAAAACUUAGAAAGAAGAAACACCAUUCACCAUUUUGUUUGUUUUCUGAAUGGGCUCAGAAUACAUAAAAUACUCACGUUAUCUAGAAGUAGGUCUUAUAAUUCAAUUGAAAAUCAGAGGUUAUGGAUGACCAGAAUUGAAGUUGAGAGAUGUUUUAGUUCCCUAUUUUUGCAUGGGCAGUUUAGUAUUCCCCUAAUUGGUGGUAAUGUCUCCAUCUGCAAGGUGUUCCUUCAUCAUGGAAAAACAUUUGCUUAUCACUGGUUUUAUAUAGCAGUGAUUGUUUCUGAACCCUUCCAAAAUCAAGGUAAAGAGAAGGCUAGCCUGGGAAUUCAACAGGUAGCUUUACAACUGCUUGACCAGGUUUCUCAGAUCAGAAUCAAUACUUCUUAACACCUGCAUUUGUGUGUGACUGCUAGAUACUACUGGACAAUUCAGUUGAAAAAACAAAUGGUUCCUGUCCUUGAAUUACUCUUACAAUCUAUGAAAUAACAAAGAUAAGAUGUUCUUUUUUAUCCUUAAACAUAAGAGAAUUAAAGAUGGCAUUUUAGACAGACAGACAUUUCAGAGGGGCAGUAAAAUGAGAAAGCAAAUUCACAGCAUCAUCCUCAUAGUAAAUCCCUCAACAAUGCUUGCUGAGUGGCUGAUUUUAUGAAGGAAAGUGGUUCAGUUUUCCCCUCUUGUAUGUCCCAUUCCCUGUAAACAAAAUACCUGUUAUCAAUGGAAACAAGCUCACUCUUGGAACAGGGAGUCAGGAGCAAGAGGCCCUAUGUCUAUACCAUGCCAAACAUCACAUGUGUGAGGUUAAAGGCACAGGAUAUCGGGCAGUCUGAGCCUUUACUAAUGAACAUUUGACUUUGCUACUACAGAUACAACUAUUACUACCCACUUUCAUUCAUCUGUGAACUUCCAGAAACUCUGAUGGAUUCUGAACUAUUCUUUCUCACCUUCAAUUAGGCAACUUAAAUCCCUUGGUAGGUUCAUUUUCUAUAGUUGAAUGGAAAGUGUCAAGGGCUGGUUGGCACACCCCUGAACUGGGAGAUUUCCAUAUGCCAGCUGCAAAACAUAAGAAAUGCUGGGUAUGGGGGUUUUUUUGUUUGUUUUGGUUUUUUGCUUUUACUCCUGAUCUCAUCCAGAGAGCCAGCCUUUAAAACCAAACACCACCCAUGUAGAAAGUGGCUUGAAGUGAAUUGACUGAGUUUCUAUAAACAAAGUGCUACAUUUUAUGUAAUGUAUGGUGUUCUAUCCCCAUGGUUUUGUAACCUAGUUUUCUCCUUUUUACCCCAGAGAGUGUUAUUUAACCACUUUGAUGGACUUAAUUGGGGAAAGAACUUGAUGUGUUUUUAUCUGUCUCUUAGUUGCCAGAAACUUAGGUGACUUCAGUUAGAGAACUUUGGGACAGUCAUAUCAGAGACUAUUAAGGACAGUCACUUGGGAGGUGUAUAUUUGGGGGCUGUGGACAGCUUCUGGAUCAACCUUGGCUCCCCUCCCUUCCUGCCAUAUGUACUGAUGCUAGCAUGUCAUAGCAGUCCUCAUGUUGGAGCCCAGAAGAACUGAGUCCAAAUCAUGCCUCUUGAUAUAUACUGAUUAAGUGACCCAGUAAAUCACAUAACUCCUCAGUGUCCUAGACAACUCUCUCAAACUACCAGUUGCAGAGAAGGUGCCAGCCUACAUUGGAAGAGGCAAUUUCCACAUCCAGGAAUUCCCUUUACCAAUGAAAUCACACAUCUAGUCCCUAUGCCUAUGUAGAUGCAUUAGACAUGUAUUUAUUACUUUACCCCAAGCCUCAAUUUUUUUACCUGUACAGGAGAGAAUGAAGAUGAGAAAAUGUAUGCAAAAUAACUUAAAUUUUAAUUGGAAAAGACUUCAUAGCUCAUCAGAAACAUCUUCUGUUGUACUGUUAGGUAAAGAUAUUUUUGGACCUGUUCUCCCUGCCCUAAAAAGUAAAAUAAAAUAAAAUAGAUAAGACCCAACUAUGAAAGAGCAAUACUGCCAAACAGUAAUUUUUUAAAAAAAUUUAAAUUCUUUUCCUGCUUUUAUGUACUUCAAUCCUGACUUUCAUUCUCUGGUCAUCACCAAUGGAAUGAGUCAGACCAUAUUUCACAAAUGACUUUCCCUAAUUCUCCUCCCCUCCCCUCACCCCACCCCCCCAAAAGAGACAGACAGAACUCAAGUAUUUCAGAAAUAUAUUUCCCAGAGCUUGGAUACUGAUCUAGUGAAUAUGCAGAAUUGGACAUCUAUGAAAUCACCUAAUCAAAUAGCCACGGGUCUGGUGGUAUCGGCACUGUUGUGUUCAAGCCUGGGUGAGUCAAAAGGUGCACAAGAUAUUUUCUUCAAGUUUUAAAGAUGGUAAUAAAGCUUCUCUUCUGUAGAUGUUUUAAAAAAAGACUCACUUUGAGCCAGCUCAGCUGAUACCUCCCUACUCUACCCAAAAGACUUAUCUUGCUGCCACUGCUCCUUCACUGAACAACCUCUACUUCCCUGAUAGAUUUUUAAGGCAUUAGGAAUAAGAGGUUUUCAGAAAACUGGUCCACUUCCUAUGAAUUCCUUUUUGCUGCAUCAUCAUUAUGUAUAUGCAUCAGUGUUGAGGUUUUAACUUUUAAAGGAAACUGAAUGUGCCUUCACUUGUGAACAAAAGAUAGCAUUAACACGUGGUGACCGUGUGGAAUGCAACAGCUAUAAAAUUGCCACCUAAUUACAUGGGAGACCAAUAAUUUGAAUACACCAAUAUAUAUUUUUAUGCUUUACUUUUAUGCAGAUAAUUCAUAGACCUUUUAGUCAGAGUAUUACCUUACCUUUUACUUGGGGUGUGUGUGUGUGUAUGUGUGUAUGUAUGUAUGUAUGUAUGUGUAGGUAUGCAUGUUGUGUAUACAUGUGUGUUGUGGGGGUACCUAUUUAAAUAUCUGGAACUUAUUACAUCACUUUGUAAAUGGAGUUCACUUCUCAUGCUCAUUCCACUCACCCAACUUGGGUUCCAUGCUUCAAGAUGCACUUUCAUAAAGUGGCAUCUCCUGGAGGUAGUCAUCAGUAAACCCUUGCUCAUUACCUAGUGCUUUAUUCCAGGGCAGGUGUCUUAGUGCAUGAUCAUAAUAUAGUAUGCAGUCAUUCUAUGCUACAUGUAAAUGCUGCAACAUGAGCUUAAGCCAGUAGCAUUUUUGUGACUCUAUAGUACCCAUUUAUUAGAAAGAUAUCUAAGCCCUAACAAACUAAGGUAGCAACCGCAUGCAUAGAACUGUGAUACAAGUUGCAUUUUUAAAUCAUUGUAAAAGUCCCCAUAGACCAAAAAGUCCCAUUGUGUGUGUGCAUGUUGAAAUUUCUAGAUCCGAAAGGUCUUUCCUGUGUGCAUGACUAUUUAUUGGAGCUCUGCUCCAAUUAGAGUGUAGAGUAUGAUACGGCUUGAACAACUAGAUUGCAAAAGCCAUCAGAAAGAUCGUUUUUGUUUAGCUCUGCCUAUCCAGCUGCAACACCUGCACCUUAUUUAGUUUAGAGAUUAAAGCAGCAUGGAGUUUCUGGUGAGCACAGGCUUUUGGUAUUGGUUCCAGCAUUGAGACUGAUUUUGAUUUCAGGUAGAUUUCUGAGUAGCCGUCUAAAUCAUAGCCCAGGAUUGGACUAGGGCAUUGGAGAAAAGAGGAAGCAGUUGGCUUUAAUACUUCAUACUAGGCAUCCCGGGCUUCAGAACCACCCCCCCACACACAAUUUUAUGCCUUUCUGCCUGGUGGGUUCGUCUAACCCUGCCCACCCCACUUACCUUCCUUUCAUUGUUAAGUGAUGGUUCUCCCAGGAAAACUUUGGAAAAAAAUGUUUCAAGGUGAGAAUCAAAAGAUUUGUUCCUUGGUAAAAAUUAAAGAUUUCCUCUUCAACCACCACUCCCCUUAAAAAUAGAAUUAAUUCUAUAAAGGGCAGUCUAUAAAGAGGAUAACUUCAAGUUAUUCUCAAUCCACAAAAAAAAAUCCAGUAUGUUCCCAACUAUAAUUUCUUCUUUAAGGGAAGCAGAUAAAUGUUGCUCACCUCUUGUUGCUGGCUUAAUUCUAAUAGGGAGGGAAGGACAGCUUUAGUUUCCGUGUUAAAAUAUGCAAAUACCGGUCAGUUUUCAUUUAAGUUCUAACUCUUGUCUGAGGCAAGAACCCUGAUGUGGGCCUGCAGCCAUGGUUCUCAGUUCUGGGUUGAUUUGCUGUGAUUACAGAGUCUUCACGUGGGUAUAACCAACUCCCACUAAACAUAGAAGGCAGACAAGGAAAGCCAGUAACAUUCUGAAGAAUGCAAGUGGUUUUUUUUCUGGUUCUCCAAUUAGUAAAAUGCCUAGAUGAAGCAUCUCACUCUUUCUGCUUUCUGUUGUUUGACUGGCUUGUUACUUUCCCCACAGGGUUAAGCCAAGCCAAGAAUUCAAUCCUAAAAGCAAUUACUAUGGGCCAGCACUCUGCUAGAUGGUGAGGAUACAAAAACAUAAGAAAGAUAGUCCCUGCCCUCAAGGAAUUUAUGUUUUAAGAGAAGAACAUUUCUUUCAGUGCACAAAACUCACAUGUUUACAUCUUAUUGUCACUUAUUCAUUUCCAGAAAACAUGGAAAUUUCUUGCUGAAAUGAAUUUGAGGGCUAUUCUGUGCAUUUAAUUUAAUCCUUCCUUUCCAUUACUGUUGGUUAUUCAGUUAGUUGUAGUCCUCUUCCCCCACCCCUCCCCAAACUUCUCAUUUACUGAUUUUUGUCAAGCUGGGAUCCACUUGGGUCAAGUCCACAGACCCUAGGAAUGCUGCUCUUAGAGACAGCAUGAGCAGAUGGUCUACGGUUCGCAUGCAGAUACCUGGCAUUUCAGAGGAGAGAAUGUGUCCUAAUGUUGUCUAGCAGUUUUCACGUCAUGAAAACAAAAUAUGGUAAUCACUUGCCGUUUCACUGAAUGGCUUGCCACAGGUAGUCCCCCGGUCCUGUGAAUGAAAGCGGAAUGAAAACUGUUUGUUCUAUAAUUCCAGUUAAUAUAUUGUUGUCAGAUGUGAUGUGCUACUUUUUGGACUGUCAGAAUGUGCAACUAUUUAAUGGUGUUUGUGGAACUGAAGUGUCUUAAAUGUUGCAUGAAAUAUGUUAUAAAAAUAAACUUGUUUUCUAUUUUUCAACACCUCUAAAUUGAGGGUUCAUGGGCCAAUAAGUGCAAUAUUUAAUGACUUACUCAGUGUAUAUAAACUAGUGUGAAAGGAUGAAUUCUGAUGAAUGAAUGGGAUGUGAUUGCUGAUUGUGUGACUGAUUCAAAAGAUUUAUUGUAGUUAUAUAUGUCUAGUGAUGUGUUUUAUACAGAAAAUACUUUUAUUGGUGUUGUGUGAGACUCUUCCAUGCCUAACCUCAAAGAUAUUUCCUAUAGAAGGCAAAACUCUCCCAGGUGCACAUCAGUUUGAUCUUUUACAUUUGUGGGUGUUCUUUUCCAAACAGAAUGACAGUAAGGGCUACUUUUGAGUAGGGUUUUUUUUGGGGGGGGGAGGAAGAGUAGUAGUUAUGAAGUGUUUUCCCCUUAAGUCCAAAGCUUUCCUUUAGUUUCUGGUUGCAUGAUGCAAAUUAUUGAUAAAUACUAACUCUGGUGACCCACAAAAAAUUCAAUAUUGCUCUUAGGAGAGGGAGAAACUUGGUCUCUUCAUAACUGGUGACAAAUUUUGUCUCCUAAGAAUUUUUAAUUUUAUGAUUAUUUUACUUUUUACUGUUACAAUUAUUUUGUAUUGGGGGGUUCCCCCCAUAUUUAAGCCCUAGGAACCAUGGACAGAGCAUUUUCUUAGAUGGUUUUGUCUAAUAGGGUAUAAUCACUUCCAUUGUCCACACUAAUGAAUAUUGAGACUCAGAGCAUCUUUAAACCAUUUUGGAAGGUGGUCAGUAACCACAAUCCCAGCUCAAACAUUCACCUUCUAUUCUCCAUAUCUCACCUAACUUCUCAGCUUCUGGCCACUCUGUUUACAAAUAAUUCACUCACAAAGUAACUAAAUGACUAUAAUUUAGUUACCUGGAGUACAGAUUCAAAGUAGACCAAUCACCUUAAACUCUUACUUCCUAAGAAACAAAUAAAUCAUUAGAAUUUUGUGCAGUGUCUCUACUAGUCAAUUUAGUAAGGCCCAUUAAAAGCAGUGUGGUGUAAUGAAUAGAGUAGUCUCAGGGUCAGGAAGACCUGAGUUCAAGUCCUACUUCUGAUUCAUGCUAACUGGAUAAUCCUGGGCAGCUCACUGGCUCUCAGUGGCCCACUCAACUUUCUAAGACUAUAAGUUGCAGACAAAUGGGUAUUCUGUAUCCAUGGAGGGAACUUCCACAUUAGGAGUUUCUCACAUGGAUAAAAUAGCAGAUCCAGACCCCCUUCCAAAAAAUGGUAUCUUAUAUUCUUCAAGGCAAUAGUAAAUUUUCUAUGUUAUGUUGAAAUUAUUACAGGCUAAGGUGGUUUGCUUUUGAUCCAUAGGCAUCACUAAACAAUUACACCUGGUGUUUUCCCUGACAUUUGUCAUUAAAUGGCAAUCUGAAGGUACUAAAUUGAAAUUAAAACCAUGUUGGCCAAUCCCAGGCAUUACCCAAAUCCAUGUGAAAUGGUUCCUUUUUGUACCUAAUCCUUAACUUCACUGAAUAAAGUAGCUGUAUACAAAAGAAGAGAUAUUAGGAGACUUGUAUCCCACCUCAACCCCCAACCCCAUCCCUGCAAAAAAAGUGGUAGAAAAUCUUAGGAAUAGACAGGGUAUUAUUUUAAAGAUGCAGACAAGGACCUUAAUAGGCUACAUGAAUUUAUUCAGCACCUACUACUUGUUAAGCACAGUACCCAGCAUUGUGGGGAGAAGCAAAGUAUAAAAUAUGGUGUAGGCCAUCAAAUUUACAAUUUAGUUGGAAAGUCAAGAAUUACAGCUACAUGACACUUAGCACACAAUACAAGAUAGUAGCUACUACAGGCCUUGAAUGCUGUAGGCAGUGGGGAGUCUAUUAGAGCUGGAAUGGUCAGGCAAGGCUUCAUUCAGACAGCAGAAUGAUCCAGCCAUUGAAUGAGUCGGGUUAGGGAGAAAGAGAGAAGAGUUCUAAGUAGGAGAAGUGAGAAAAGUCUUACAGUUAUAACAGAAGUGAUCCAGCUGACUUUCUAAAGAAUCUCUGGAUUAUCUAUCCAGUUUAACUGUCUCAGUUGACCCAGUGAAUUUGAUAGGGAGGAAAUCUUCCCAUUCUUGUAUACAAGGUAAACCCAGUGUCUGGCAGAAAAUAUUUUUAGCUUCCAAACAAGUCUUUAAGCAUGGGUGCAAAUGGCUUUCCUCCCUUGCUAUUUUGCAACUAUCCAAGAGAUCCAAGGUAAUAUCACUUAGACCAGCAAAUGGUGGUAGCCACUGUUUGACUAUAAUGCUGUAUGACUUAUGAAAUGGGGAAAUGGGGUAGGCUAAGACCAAAUGGCUCCUUUUACAGCACUUUGUUUUUGUCAAAGAUGGAUUUUACUGAAUUGUUUUUAAGAAAAUAUUAAACUACUCACUUCUAAUACAUCUGUGUGGUGGUUGUGAUCCAACUCUUACUACUGCCAUAUAGUGAUUGUGAUUUUAAAUUGUGAGUUUAAACACACUGCUGAGUAGCAGAUGUCAUGGCUCUUCUUAUGUCCACAGGAAUUCUUGUCCGGAUGUAAAUCAAUGAGAUUUCUUCACAUGUGGAGUUUUAAUUCUUUGUUGAAAUUAGUUCUGUAAAAACUGUGUGUGCUACAUUGGGUAUUCAGUUUGUUUGUGAAUUCUGUAGAACAAAGUGUCUUUUGUUCAUUGAAUUUAUUUUAUUUUUUGGAGAUGACAAUAAAUAUCCAAGAGACUAUAUUCCUGAA